UCUGUCAUCGGUAGCCCGUAGGAUGCUAUAGAAUCUUGUACCACGCAGCACUAAGCCUCGCCUACGAGCCCCCGUGUCGUCUGCUAUCUGAUUCCCCGUGUCGUCUGCUAUCCCCGUGUCGUCUGCUAUCUGAUCGUGUCGUCUGCUUCGCGCCCCCAGCUGUCUUCAAGCAUGACACCUGCUUUCGGUGAUCGUCAAUGAUCUCCGUGGUACCGCCGUAUGUACAUUGUGUUCGCGCUUUGUCUUCGUGAUGCUUGAGACCGUAGUCCUGCUUCCGAGUCUCCUUUGAAUGAAGUCCUCUAGGCUCCUACGUAUGGACGCAGGACAGCAGUAACGAGACAGCUGGUCGAGAUUCAAGCAGUCUGGUAACAACGUAAUGUGCUCUUGAGGUUUCGUACGACGACUUGCGUGCCUGUCCAAGUGUGCUUCGAACUCACUGUGCUCGGUGGUUAAUUCAAUUUAAUUGCGUGUCCAUCUACCAUGCACAGCAAGGAAGACAGUCUCGCAUAACCAGUCAUACUGACGACCGACAGCAAACGUCUAGAACGUCAUCGCACGUAUCCUGGAUGUCGUAGAAGUUUUCUUCGGCGUAAAAUGGCAAAUCAUGGUCAUUAUUUGUGGUCUCGAAGACUAGAAGCAACACUAUUCUUGACCUGACGGACAGGAAUACUUUGAUCAGUUAGCGCUGUCCCCGUGGUUAGGCGUCCUUACGCAGAUCUACAAAUGGACAUGAGGCAUCUUCUGGGGAAAGUCAUCCUGCUGUCCUUCGUGCUACAAUCUUCUUACGUCCUAGGAAUACAAUGGCUAUCUCUCUGGUCCACCCGCUUAUCAUGGAACGCGACCAUCCACUGCGGCUUGGCCCGCCGACAUCAUGGUCUGCAAGGCCGGCAGGCCCGCCUGUGUCGGGCCCGACUGGAUGCUAUGCCUCACGCAGUGGAGGCGACUCGCCGUGCCGUGGCUGCUUGCCAGGACGCCUUCCACGACCGCCGAUGGAACUGUUCGUCAGUCCUCAAGGCGCCAAACUUCCUGCCGGACCUCACCACCGGCAACCGCGAGCAAGCCUUCGUGUACGCGCUCUCGUCCGCGAGCCUGGCGCACACGUGGGCCAGGGCCUGCGGUCAGGGCCAACUUCCUUCGUGCGGUUGCGGUCAGUUGCCCCAAGAGCCGCCGCAUGGAGACUUCAAGUGGGGUGGAUGUGCAGACAACGUCCGUUUCGGCACACGGCUUGCGCGGGCCUUCACCGACUCACCCUGGAAGAAGGCUCCCGUUAGGGGCACACUCGAAGCGCUCGUUAACAGGCACAAUUACAAGGCUGGAAGACAGGCUAUCCACGAGAGCCUGACGACCCAGUGCAAGUGCCACGGUGUGUCCGGCGCCUGCAACGUGAAGACCUGCUGGCGAGGCCUGGCGUCUCUGCGUCAAGUCAGUCACAGGCUCAAGCGGAGGUACCAAGUGGCCGUUGAAGUGGCUGCCUAUGGCCCCGCAGCCCUGGGCCGAACGGGAAAGAUAGUGCCGGUCAGCGUCCAUGCUGGUCGCCUUCAGAAAGGAGACCUCGUCUACCGGACAAAGUCGCCCGAUUAUUGUGGAGCGGAUGUAAGAGCGGGCUCUGUCGGCACCCACGGAAGGAAAUGUAACAGCACGGAUGCCGGUACGCUGGGAUGCGACUCCAUGUGUUGCGGGAGAGGGUAUACGACCAUCCGUAAAAAGGUGUCAGAGCGCUGUCACUGCAGGUACCACUGGUGCUGCUUCGUCGAAUGCAAGACCUGCACUUCCUGGAUGGAAAUCAACGUGUGCAAGUGACAUUCCCCGCUGCACUAUCCUGGUGACUCUUCUCACAACUACCAUCAAGACGUGCAAGACUUACAACCAUCGUCUAGUAGCACAAACAAGAUCGCGCGUGUGUUUGUUACCAAAAGUGACCACGUGAUAUGUGACGCGACACGUGAAAAUAACAGUCAGGAAAGAAUUAAGUUGCAAUUAUGAUGUUGCCGACGAGGUCUCGACGCUCUUUGUGCAAUUUUCGCCGAACUUGACUGCAAGUCCUGCGUGUGAGACUGGAAACAGUAAAGUUGAUGGUGACGUUAGGUCUCUCCUAUCUCCUGUGUGAGACCGCUGUAUAAGAAACGUUGUGACAUUUCAUCACGCUGCGCUAACGAAGAAUCUAGAUAAAUACCAACGUUCCUCCAACUGAAGAAGGUGAUCCAACGGUGCACUUCGGAUGGUUAUCAAAACGCACGGCGUAGUGAAAGUUGGGGAUUCUGAGACCGCGCUAGUGAAGGUGGAUGUGCACAGGAGGUAUUUUGUGACAGUUCAACGGCAGCGUGUACUUACAUUUCCUCGCAUAUUAAGUUAACGAUUACGGUGCCUAUAACAGCGGCAUCUUAUAGAGCCAUAUAUCGCAUUUACUCGCAUAAUUGACGCACCCCCAAACUGGAAUGUGUUAACUCUUGCCUCAGGCACUACACCGUACGGCGACAGCCAUCGUAGCGUAGAGAGGGAGAGAGAGUUUUUCUCGCGUAAUCAGCGCACCCCUCUGUGGUUCCAUCUUUUUGGGUUAAAAAAAUGUGCGUCAAUUAUGCGAAUAAAUACGAAAAAUUUUCUAUUUACUCCUUAUUUGUGUGUUUCCUCGCUUCUGUGGCAUCUCUAUGGACAGAAGGGAUAUGAACGACCACCGGACGAUGCCUGUUUCUUCUUUGCGCGUAACAUUCAGUCCACAGACAAGCCUAAUAUUUUGUUUUUGUCCCUUUACUUUUCAUUUCCUUUUAGGAGAAUACAUUCCAUGUGCGUUUGGUCAUUCCCAGUAUCUGAUGCAUUAAAUGUCAAUACGGGUGGAACGCAUUUCUAUAUUUCAAUGCAUUUUACCUCGCGAACACUUUUUCACGUGCCAGGAACAACUGAGCAUGCCACAGUCACGCGAAUGUGUUAGAUGGUAGGGGCCGCGGUUCUACAAUGCCCUUUCCCCGAGCACACAUGGGGCUUUUUGUAGAAUCAUUUCUGGCAUGUACACUCUGGACAUGAUAAUGUAAAAGGCGUCAUCGUACAUAGCAAAAUAUGUGCCUUGUUUUUCGUUUGCCUACCAAGUGUCUAGGAGCGUGACUAUGUAGAUUGAUACUACAUAAAACACAUAUGUGCAAUAUGGCAUUCCUUUAAUGAACUGUUGGCAGAAAAGUGAUUUACAUUCCCUAAGGCACUUUGUGAUUGAGAAAUAUCUGUUUAACCAUGAGACAGAAAUUGAAGUGCUGAUAUACCAAAUUGGUGUCAAAGAUGUCAAGCUGGUUACAAAGCAUGAAAAAAAAUUGAAGAAAGGUUACCAAUGACGAAAGAGUAUUCUUGUACCAAUGCUACCCAAAGUAAAAGGCUUGUUCCUAU